AUGAGUUACGACCAGAGACUGGGCGCCGGAGUAUACGGUGCAACAGAUGCGAGCAACGAUGGAGACGCGAAGAAGGGCUCAGUACGGGCGGCCCGUGAGAGGAUGCAGGCUGCACAGAAGAAGACCCAGCUCCCAGACACAUCGAAGAUAAUAGGUCUUCCUCGACGACCGAACCAACUUGUUUCGCAGCGGUCUCAAGAGCAAGUCGAGAAACCACAAAGACUUGCGCCCUCGGGAAGCAGAGAUGAUGUUGAGGCAGACUCGCCGUCACCACAAUGGCCACUGCCGAACAUCACCAAGGAAUUGGUAGACUCCAGUCCUGAUAUCCCACCGCGCUCUCCAAAAAGACUACAACCACCGCCACAGUUUGCACGACCUGUGUCCGACGAGUUUCCCAUCCAACAGCUGUCCCCUGAACUCCCUUCACCAGCCUCCCCGGGAUACCUACAUCCCAAUGGCGAUACCUUCUCUCCUGGCUCUUUCCAUUCCUCGCGCCCAAUAACUACUUCAUCUAUAGCCUCGGACUCUUCAAUAGGAUCCAUACCCGACUUUCCUGUGCCUCAACCACCUAUGCCAAGUAUACAACAAGCCCGACGAUUUCCGAGUCUAGGCCCGCCGCCUUCCUCCCGAAGAGGUCCGUCGUCGUACUAUACACAGAUGUCGUAUGUAUCACCCAUCGUUGAGGAGUCGGAGAACAACUCUUCGAGAAUACAAUCACAACGUGGAUCCUUUGCCUCUAGCAACGUGUUUCCCACAGACGACAAGGCCUUUUACCCUGAUGACGACCUAUACUCGGACGAUGGUGAGACUAUCACCAGCGAUCGCGGCACCAUCUCACCGACUCCGACCGAUCACGACGACCGAAGCGGCCUCGUUCAGCAAUCACCGGCACUCGUAAGGCAAGCGAGCUUGGGCAGGCGGACUAAGCCAUCGCUGAUGACCAUCAAGUCAAUUGACAGCUUUGGAAACAAGAAGAACGGAGCGGAUGCAAAGAAAGAUGGCGUUGGUAUCGGUUUAGGGGCCAUGGGGCUAGGAGCUGCAGCUCUCGCAAGGGAUGGUAGUCCGUCAGGCAUGCCGAGGUCACCUCUCAGCAGAGGCGUCUCUGCAGACUCUGUGGACACUAUGGAGAUGUUCAAAGGCAAAAACUACACAGGAACAGCGUCACCACUCCAACAGGAAUUACGUCCGACUGGACUAGCCGAGCGUGCUGGUAUGCGAAGGCCUGCAAGGCUCGAUAUGGAUGCGGUCCGGGACGCCGAGGCGCGCGGUAGCUUGACAAGCUUGCCAGAUCUCAUCCGAAGAGCCACACGACUAGCAGCAAAUCUCGAUCGGGGACGCACAGCGAGUCGACUUGGUCUAGACUUCUGGGAAACCGGCGCUCCCGAUAGGAACCAAGUCCGACAAUCCGGAUUGUCUGAGAUGCUUGCUGCAUUUCCGCCGCCUGGCCAAGAAACACCCAACCGUUCGGGCCGUGGUACUCCAAACUUUGGGAACGGCAGUCUAUCCAAAUGGCCAUCAGGUGGCUAUUCGCGCAAUGGUGUCACAGACUCUGGAUUGAGUAACGAAAAACAAAAGCCUCGCCGACGAUGCUGUGGUAUGCCGUUAUGGACAUUCAUUACGCUCCUGAUAGUCUUACUGGUUAUCAUCGCUGCUGCAGUCGUCAUCCCAGUAGUCCUAGUCGUCAUACCAAACAUGAACAAAGGAGUCAACAACACUCCUGCCGCUCAAGAAACCCAAGGCCCCAACACCGGAGGCAACAACAACAUGAGCAACACCAACUCUCCUGCUCAACCACUUCCCACGUCUGGUCCGGGCCAAGGCAACGAGCAAUGCAACGGUCUCAUCACCUGUCAGAAUGGCGGUAUCGCGAUCCUGAAUUCUGACCGAUCAUGCAAUUGCGUAUGCAUCAAUGGCUUCACGGGAAGUACAUGCACGAACGAUGAUGCGACCGGGUGCACCACAACUAACCUUGCCGGCACUGCUAACAACGCGACCAUGGGCUCCGGCAUUCCUCGCCUUCUUGAGGCCACCGCUCCCAAGUUCAAUAUCCCUUUGGACGGCACACGCGUGCUGGCGCUGUUCUCUCAACUGUCUCUGAGUUGCGCUGCCGAAAAUGCCCUCAUCACAUUCAAUGGGCUUGCCUCUCGUUCUGUUCCGCAUCGUCUCCACUCGAUGGAUCUGAAGUCUACGCUCCACCCGUCACGUACAUUACCAGUACUUCACCAUCCCCAUCCUGCGCAAGCUCCUGGUCAACAAGCCAAGCGCCAGACCGUGGGCCAGGUUAGCCAAGCUGGGGCUUCGAGUGACGAGAGCACAUCCAAAGCUGAAACCAUCAUAACACAACCUAUCUCAAGCAACAUCAGUGCUCUCGACUUUGCUCGUGUAGCUGUACUCCUUGCGCUCCAGGAAAGCAAGGACCUGGACGUUGCCGCGAACGCACAGGAGUCAAUUCAAACACUGCUCACAAACGAUCGCAACGGGAAUGCAGACGGUGGUAGUGUUGAUGUUGGUCCUUUCGAUUUGGACCUUGUCAACUUCACGAUCAAGUUUCAGAACGGCACCACGAUACUCUUACCCGCCUUGUUCGGUGUGGUUCCGUGGUUCAAAUCCACGGUUCCUACCUCCAACAUCGAGGCUGUCGUCGUCACUCAUCUAGUGCUCGAAGCGCCUUUCAUCUUGCCAACUGUCACUGUCACCGAGACAGUCGGUAUCCCCGCCACUGCCAUCACUCACGCUAUUCCCACUAUCUCCUCCACUCCCGUCCCUAAGUCUAGUCGUCCUAGGCUCAAUCCCUACAAGUCCUCCUCGCCUGACCACAGUGAGUCCCGCUACAGCGCUCAGAAUCGCGUGUCCACUGCGCACGCGAUGGUAGUACCCCAUUACUCCAAGCUUGACUUCGUUGUAUUCCUCGCCACCAUCUUUGCUGUCACCAUCAUGGCUUGGUGGGCCACUGUCUUCGCCAUGGGCAAAGGCCGCGCCAUGCGGAGCCUCGGCCAGGUCCUCCCAGUUAUUAAUGCUUCCUUCCAGCACACUGGAUGCCGCAUUGGAUAUGCAGGUUUGCUCCUGGGUUGGUUUUGUUUGCUCACCGACUACUGGUUCAGAUGGUCAGAAGGAUACAUCGUAUGGCCAAGAAUCUUCAGUACCUUCCUGUCGUACCCACUUAUUCUCAUCGUUCACACGCAACUACCACCCGUUAAGAGCAUCCCUCUCCUUUGUUGGAGGUUUGUCAAGACGGUCGUGAAUGGUGUAGGACAGUGGUUCACUAGACAAGCACACGACUGGUACGAAGGCCGAACAAGCAAGCGUCACAUCGACAAGAUAUUUGAACGACAUAUAUCCGUAAUCACCAUCGGAGAAUGUCUUUUCCCGGACCUUUACGAUACUUACCCAAACCCGGUGACCUGGUCCCAGAUAUUCAAGGCCAUCGGGACAGACCUCCUAUUCUUCUUUUGGAACUUGAUCAUUGUCGUGAUCAAGCUCCGUAUCCGAUCAUGGAAGCAAAUCAUACCACACACGCUGGACGCUUUGCGAGUCACGGCGCAAGUUUGUUUCGGCCUUGAAAAUGAAGAUGUCUCUUGGAAAAUCUGGAAAGCAGGCUAUGUGACCUUUUUGAAGGGCGUUUGUACCAUCUGCUCCGUGGCCUUGGAGCUUCUCAAGACAUUUCUCGGUAUGGUUUGGGUCGUGCUCGCAAUGGGCAAAGCCGCCCUCAAUCGUUCUUGCCUCCGUUAUUUGAACACACCACUACCUGACGAUUUGACGAAAGACGAGGCGGAGGCCUAUGGAAACAAAGUCCACGAGGCUUAUUGCAAAACAGCGACCUACGACUGGACCCAGACCGCUAUGCUGCUUCUUGCAUAUCAAGCAGCCUUGGAAGACAAAGAUGCGUCACGCUCACAUACCGAAGACGUCAUCGCAUUCUACAGCGCCGUCAGCCAAACCAUCCGGAGCCCAGAGUUUCUUCAGGUCCUCGAUCGAGGUAACAUGACUGUUUACAAGGAUUACCGCAGUUCCCUCAGCAUCCUCGCCAAGUGCGCCCAGGUCAACGUCCGCACUUUGGAUAUAUGGGGACCCAAGGUUGAUGAUGUCGCCGCGGCUAUGGAAGCCAAGUUUGUUCCUUUCGAACGGGACGAGAUCGUCAAGUUCGUCGCUGGAAUGCAGUUUGGUUGUGGUGAUGAUGAGGGUGCAGGGCAAGUGCGACGCGACAGCCCCUCCAUGUGCCCCACUCAAGCAGCUCGCAGUGCUCUCAAUUACCUGUUCCUGAGCUGGCAGUCAACACUCAACAGCCACACCUCGCCGCAUAACCGCCGACACCACCUAUACCUCUCCACUAUGCCUCAGGAAAACUCAAAGGUGUCAGACCCGGACGCGACGUCGCAAGCGGCCGCCGAGGUUGUCGCCGAAUCGAGCAAGCAGGCAGAAGCGGAAUCGGCAGACGAGAGCGGCGAUGACGCGACCGAGACAGUAGAAGGCGCAGAGGGGGCGUCAGAAAAGAAGAAGAAGAGCAGGAAGCGCAAGAUGAAGGAUGCCAUCAGCGGCAAGGGCAAGGCCGGCGACGUCACAGACUUGAAUGCGCCCGCAGGAAACGUCCUACCAAAGGAAGCGCUGAACAUGUUGCUCGCCAACAAUCCCGGCCUGGCGAACGAGUUGCAGGGCAAGGCAAACAGCAAGGAGGAACUGGCGCAAUUGAUCAAGAAGCUCAACAUCAACGAGAUGCUGACAGGUCUGGCGCCACAAGGCAGCCAAAAGGACAUGGCCAGUCACGCCUUCUGGAAGACGCAGCCCGUGCCCAGCUUCGAGGAGAUGGCCAACAAGGAAAAGAUCAAGGACGGACCCAUCAAGGAGAUCAAGAUCGACGAGGUGGACAAGAACCCAAGUCCCAUGUACCCCGGUUUUGAGUGGGUGACGAUGGACCUGGAAGACGAAAAGCAGCUCGAGGAGGUCUAUGAGCUACUCACAAACCACUACGUUGAAGACAAGGACGCGACCUUCCGAUUCAAAUACUCGCCAUCAUUCUUGAACUGGGCCCUGAAAGCACCAGGCUGGAAGAAGGAAUGGCACGUCGGUGUCCGCGCAACCGCCUCAGGCAAGCUCGUCGCAUUCAUCUCCGGUAUCCCAAUACAGAUGCGAGUACGCGACAAAGUUCUCAACUGCUCUGAAGUCAACUUCCUCUGUGUCCACAAGAAGCUCCGCUCUAAGCGAUUAGCACCCGUCCUCAUCAAGGAGAUCACCCGCCGCUGUUACGUCGAGGGCACAUUCCAAGCGGUAUAUACCGUUGGGUCUCUGCUACCUACUCCCGUAUCGACAGCUCGCUACUUCCACCGCGCCAUCGACUGGGAGAAGCUAUAUGAUGUCGGUUUCUCCCCUCUCCCCCAUGGUAGCACCAAGACACGUCAAAUUGUACGAUACAAGCUCCCAGAUACCACAGCUACCCCUGGACUCCGCGAGAUGGAGGCCAAGGAUGUGGACGCAGCUGUCGAUCUUCUUAAGCGAUACCUAGCGCGCAUGGAUAUGGCACAAGUCUUCAACAAGACCGAGUUCGAGCACUGGAUGGCGCCAAAGGAGAAGCCCAAGGAACAGGUUGUAUGGAGCUAUGUUGUCGAGGAUCCCGACACUCAUAAGAUCACCGACUACUUCUCUUUCUACAACCUGGAGAGUACGGUCAUCGGUAACAAGAAGCACAACACCAUCAAGGCAGCGUACUUGUUCUACUAUGGCACAGAAGUCGCGUUUGAGAAGGAGGACAAGGACAAGACGAAGCUCAAGCAGCGACUGAACCUGUUGAUGAAGGACGCGUUGAUCUUGGCCAAGAAGGCCGACUUUGACGUCUUCAACGCUCUCACACUCCUUGACAACCCGCUGUUCCUCGAGGAACAACGCUUCGGCGCCGGAGACGGCUCGCUGCACUACUAUCUGUACAACUACCGUGCUGCGCCGAUACCGGGUGGCAUUGAUGGCCGGAACCAGUCAAGCAAGGACCACAUGGGUGGUAUUGGCUUGGUCAUGUUGUAA